UCCUUUUUUUUUUUUUUUUUUUUUUUUAAGUGAUGCACAACUCUCCCGCUUGGGUGGUAGUUAUUUCGCGUUGUGCUAACCUCAUGAAGGAAUGCAAGAGGAACAAAAUUAUAAGCCGUGAAAACAGAGUAAUAGUAGUAUCCAAUACCAUGAAAUGAUUAAUUUAUUCAAAAGUUAUUGAACUAACAGACAGUACGUAUCUUCACCAGCCGUUCUUCAGAUUUUGCUUCCGCUGUCAAAAGUGUGACUUCGACCUGGACUUGGAAUGUGCUCUAAUGUCCACCACCGUCAAAACUAAAGAGGAUGGCUGGAUUCAACAUUUCACUCAUAGGCAUCCAUUACAACCUGUUGAUCUCAACCAGGAACAACAUAAAGUUUGCUGUUCAAUUUGCGAAAAGCUCUGCUCUGAUGUUGUCUAUGGUUGUAGGAAGUGCAAGUUCUUCCUCCACCACUCGUGCAUGGACAUACCUCGAGUGAUUAAUCAACACCAAUUUCACCCGGAACACCCUCUUGUCCUACGCACAAAUCCAUCGUACGAUUGUCGAGGUUGUGACAAAGCCUGCUCAGGCUUGGCUUACAGGCUUGGCUUAGAGGCUUGGCUUACAGGCUUGGGCAAUGCUAUUUUCAAUUAGAUGUCAAAUGUACCUUACUUCCCACCGCAGAUUGUGAAGUUAGCGAAUGGAUUCAACGUUUCUCUCACCAGCAUUCGUUAAAACUUGUUGAUCCCAACAAGGAAGAAGAGUAAGUUCGCUGUUCAAUCCGCAGAAAGCUCUGUUUAAAUUUUAUCUAUGGUUGCAAAAAGUCCAACUUCUUCCUCCACUACUCAUGCAUGGACAUACCUCGAGAGAUCAAUCAACACCAAUUUCACCC